AGGAGGUAGCACAAAGCUGCAGCAGUGACAGAACUUGUAGAGGACCUUCUUCUCCCUCUCUUGUUUUUGUUUUUUGCUUUUUACAGCAGAUUGUACACACAUGGUCUGUAGGCCUUAUGCUCAGGAAGGUAAGGUGUUGGAGGAAAUAAAGAAUAGAGGGCAAUUUCAGUUUGUCCUGUGACUUUAAGCGCCGCUGCUGCUGAAGACUGGAUGUUCUGGUGCUUUGCUGCUGAUUGUGGUGACUGAGCCUCCCAUCUGUGCACUUGCGUCUGUGUGUGUGAUUGUCUUAUCCUGGGGUCGCAAGGCUUUGCACUGGCUGAACCGCAGCCAUGGAGGUGGCCCUGGUAGACUUUGAGAGCCUGGAUGAGCUCGACGGGGAUCUUGAUGAGGUGGACACCUACGCUGAUGAGACCACAGCUCUCACGGUGGACAUGCCCCCAGAGCACAGCAGCCCAUGCAGCAACUACCUUAUCCGAGGCUCUCAGCUCCCCUCUACGCCCGUGCCCUCCCGCAUGUGGGAAUCCACCUCAUCUUCGCCCAUUUCACACAUGCAGACACAGACACUCGGAGUACCCCAGUCCCCAACCAUGCCAACUCCGAGCAGACAGGGGCGCAGCAGCUGCACCAGUAUGAUCUCCAACUGGAAACUACUGCUAAACAGUGAGGGCACGAAGGAGAGUGAGAAGAUCUUCAGCCGGCUCGCUAAGGAGUGCUGCGAGGAUCUGUUUGUAGAUAAACGAGGCCUGGAUGACGGAGACCAGAAAGUCAUCAUCAACAUCGCAGGCCUUCGUUUUGAAACGCAGCUCAAAACUUUGGACCAGUUUCCUGAGACACUGCUAGGAGACCCUUUGAAGAGGAUGGACUACUUCGAUCCGAUGAGGAACGAGUACUUCUUUGAUCGGAACCGGCCCAGCUUUGACGGCAUCUUGUAUUACUACCAGUCAGGGGGUAAGAUCAGACGUCCAGCUAACGUUCCCCUGGAUGUGUUUGCAGAUGAAAUUGUGUUCUAUGAACUUGGAAGUGAGGCCAUGGAGCAGUUCAGAGAAGACGAAGGAUUCAUAAAGGAUGUCGAUAUCCCUCUACCUAAUAAUGAUGUGUACAGGCAAUUCUGGCUGCUGUUUGAGUACCCAGAGAGCUCAAAUGCAGCCCGAGGUGUAGCACUGGUGUCUGUUUUUGUCAUUGUCAUAUCCAUCAUUAUUUUCUGUAUGGAAACGCUGCCAGAAUUCAGAGAUGACACCGACCCAGUUGUGCCCACAGCGAUAAAGCCUUUCAACCAGUCUAGAUUUUACAGUUCUGUGGCUCCAUCUGCUGCAAAGCCCACAACUUUCUCUGAUCCCUUCUUCUUCAUCGAGACUGCCUGCAUUGCUUGGUUCUUCUUUGAGCUGUGUGUGAGGUUUCUGGUCUGUCCUAGCAAAAAGGAGUUUUUCCACAACCUCAUGAACAUCAUUGAUGUUGUAUCCAUCAUCCCUUAUUUUGUUACCGUGGUUACAGAACUGGUCACGACACCACAAGAGAGCUCAGGACAGAACAUGUCUUUGGCCAUUCUGCGUAUCAUCCGUCUGGUCAGGGUGUUCCGUAUUUUCAAACUCUCUCGUCACUCCAAGGGGCUGCAGAUCCUGGGACAGACUCUGAAGGCCAGCAUGCGCGAGCUCGGCUUGCUCAUCUUUUUCCUCUUCAUCGGAGUCAUCCUCUUCUCCAGCGCUAUCUACUUUGCAGAGGUAGACGAGCCUAACACGCAGUUUGUCAGCAUACCUGAUGGCUUCUGGUGGGCUGUGGUUACCAUGACCACUGUAGGCUACGGGGACAUGUGUCCCAUCACCAUGGGGGGUAAAAUGGUCGGCACGUUGUGUGCCAUUGCAGGUGUGCUGACCAUUGCUUUGCCUGUUCCCGUCAUUGUAUCAAACUUCAAUUACUUCUACCAUAGAGAGACGGAGGCAGAGGACAAGUUGCCCUUGGCAGAUGCUGUUGAACAAGCCAUGAAGACUGAAACAGACAGCAAAGAGGGCAGCAACACCUCGCUCAAUAAAGCCAAUGGAAUCUGGCAGACUGACAAGGGGAAAUAACUCUACAAGGACACAAUUCAGGAGGAGAGACUUUGCCACAAAGCAGGAGAAAAAUAAGACAAUAUGGAGGAAAUUAACUGCCUUGAUUUCCCUCAAACGAUGGUCUAAUGGGAUCAAUGAGAUACAAAUGUUUGCGCCUAGUGAAAAAUAUUUUAUAAGGCUACACAGGAUGUACUGUACUUACCUCUUUUGUGUCUAAUAUGAAAAUGACACUUUGAAAAUAACCGACAAGCUGAAGAAUUGAUUCAUGUUCAGGAUUGUACGUCAGCAUAUUUCAAGUUUUGGACUUUUAGUUGCAUAGAAACAGAAAUCCUUCAUUAUCAUAAUUCAGCAGUAUAUGUAUGUUUAAAGGAUUUUUUUUUUAUAAUUUUGGUCUUAUUUUCUUUAUCUUGUUAAUCCUAUUGCUCAUAACAUUUUGCACAUCAGCUCCACAGUUGAUAUUUUUGGCCACAAAACUUUAAAACAGUGUCUUCUGGGGCCAAAAAACAUGGGUCUUAUGCUGCUUUCACAUGAAAUCAGGGAGACAGCAAACUAUAUUAUUUUAGUGAACAAGAGCAGGACAUUAGAAUUAGGUGAUGCUGCCAGAGAAUAUCGCCAAUGGUGACGGUAGACAUCAUUGCAGUUCAAAGUUAGAAAUUUUUAACAUUCUGCUGUCCUCUGCAAUGGAAUUUACAACCAAGAGUUGGGUAGCUUCUUCACAGAAGGUGAAAACACAGGAAAUCUGCAAGUUACUAGUAUAAAAUAAACACAAAAUACAUUUAUUCAGUGUAAUUUUUUCUAUUCCUUGUAAACAACACAGCAUCACCAACGCAACAUAUCAUUGUGGAUGAUGUGUUUUACCAUCCUGCCAUUUCGUCAGACUGUUUAUUUGUUUUUCCGGUGCUGUUUUACAUCUGCCAUCUGCCUGAUUCCAUGUGAACGCAUCAUUAGACAGGUUUAAAGCAGUACAAUUUGAUGAAUAAGGUAAAGAGAAAAGUUAAAUGUCAAAAUCCAAAUGUUCAUAUAACAAGGACUGUUAAUUGACCCUUUGCUAAGCCCCGCCCCUUUGUGAUGGUCCGGCAAGCUGUCGCAGUAAGCAUGGAACCCACACUGUAACUAACUGCACUCCCUGAUGAAAUAUGAUCAUAUUUUUGGGAUAAUGAAACAGUGAUUCCAGAGAGAAGCAGACAGAGGGGUCUACAGUCUGUGUUUGAAGGAUAUAUCCAGGAUGUCAAACUGACUCAGCAGCAACAACAGGUUAAAAAGACAAAGAUAGUUAGAAGCUAAAGCCGAACUAUAGGCUACAGAUCACAGUGUAAAAGUGAACCACCACAUCACUGCUGAUCGACACACAAGACAAUGAAUAUAAAGGGAAACUCUACUGAUAUUGAACCAGAUGUGUGGCAUCACAGUGUGUGCAGAAGAACGGUGUUUGGCUUCACCCCCGUGCUGCUGCCAGGACCUGGACCUCCACCGCCGGACAAGCAGGGAUCUCCGGAAGUCAAACAACAUCCAUCUGUGAUGACACACAGCUGGUUGAAUAUCAGCAAAGUUUCCCUGCUUCCCUUCACUGGUUCCUGUACAGCAGGGUCGGUCUUUGUUUCACUGUUAUAAUCAUUAAAAAGCAAAAGCAGCAUGUGUAUACAUUCAGUAGGCUAUAUCUUCAGUAGCUAGCUAGCUAACCCUACACUUUUCAGGGUUUGAUUUUGGUUUUGGAACAGGGAAGAAACGUAUAUCUUUUUCCAACCUCUCCAGGUAACGAGUAUCAUUAAUACACGACGUGCCCCAGGCACAACAUUUAGCUCCAAAUCCACAAAACCAGCCUGAAAAUGAAGGAAAUCUGAAACGAUUGCAGUCUAUGGAGCACAGCUGUGUUGUUGUCGGACCCUGGUCUGAGCUGGCCUGAUGCUACAUUAUGAUUGGCCUGUCUGUGUGCGGGGGAGGGACUUCGCGAAGGGACAGAUGUAAUUGCAGAGCUACUUCUUCAUUUAGCUUAUAGGAAUCACCUUUCUGUUGCUGGAGUAGCUGACACAUCAUGAGAUUGUUAUGAUGACUCCUAGGUUAAGGUAAUUUGAGCAACACAUGAUUAUAAUGGACAAGUUGGUUAAUGCAUUUUCUCAUCUUGAAAAUGUUCUGUCUGCAGAUAACUACGUCAUCAUCAACUGAUGGCUACUCCCACACAAAUAAGACCAAGGUUGUAAAAAAACAAACAAAAAAAUACACAGUUUUCCUGUCAGUGUCUUGGAUGAGUAACACGUGUGUAGUUUCUAGAUUAUAGCCCGGCUGUAUUUAUUUAUUUAAAACCGUAUCACGAUUCUAUUGUAUUUAUUCAUCCUCUUUGACGAGUAGCGUGGGUAAGAAUCCUCCACUAUUGUUAGCAGUCAAACAGACUCCACACUAUGUAUUAUAAUGGAGUGCCUUAAAUUAUGUAACGUUGGGACGCUGUUGAAUUCGCCAUACAUAAUCUUACUGUAAUACCUGUGUUUAUCAUGCAUAUAUGCUCAGUAUUUUUGAUUUCAGCCUGGUUGAAAACAUUGUAACCUCUCUCCAUUCUUUUUUUUUAAAGAUAUUUUUUGGGGCUUUUUAGCCUUUAAUGUAUAGGACAGACAAGCGUGAAAGGGAGAGAGAGAGGGAGUGACAUGCAGCAAAGGGCCACAGGCUGGAGUCGAACCCGGCCCGCUGCGGCAACAGCCUUGUACAUGGGGCGCCUGCUCUACCACUAAGCCACCAGCGCCCCAACCUCUCUCCAUUCUUGAUUAUGUUUGUGAGUGUUUUCCAAAAUGCUGUCCAGGAAAGAAAUGCAUUCUGACCCGAAAUACAAGUUAACAUAUCCAAAGUACAGCGGAUCCCAUCUGUUUAUGAGGAGGUACUGUCCUAAGAAACAUCGUCACUCAUCAGUAGAUAUCUUGUUAAGGAAAGAAGACCUUUCAUACCCCUUUUCCACCAACAUGGAGCAUGUUUUGUUCUGGUUUCCACACUUAAUUUUGAACCACUCUGAGCAUUUUGACCAAAAAUAAUUUGGUUCAGAACCCGAGAAGUUGGUGUUAUACUCUACAGGGUGGAAAAAGUAGAUGGAGUCCUGCUGGUGAUCGUCUUCUUCUUAUUAGUAGUUGAUCCUUGCUUGUUUUUUGGAUACAAAGCUUGCGUGUAACCACUGGGAUCCGCCAUCUUGUUACUUCUGUUUAUAUCUGUUGGGCACUGUGUAUCGCCCUCUGUCGAUGACCCAUCUUUGAAUACAAAGCUUCCACUCAACACUGGUGGAAACACGUGCUGGUUUGCUCGACAGCACCAGGGUUCCAGGAAUCCUGAACGGAACUAGAUCAAGAACCAGAGCUAAUUUGGUGGAAAAGGGGUAUUACUGACACCGUGAUCACAAACAACGGAGGUGAAAGAGAGAAGGAGGAAGCCAAAGAUGAAGGAGAUAAAGGGAACUGUUAUGACUCCGAGGGACAUUACAGGCCAAAAUGUCCCAUGAUCCAGUUUAUUCUGGAGGAGUGAAUGUUAGCUAUGCUGUAUCAGUGUGGUGUUCUGGUGGUUGGUUCUAUGAGUAUUUCUUUUGUAAUUUGUUUUUCAUCAUAAAACGAAAUCUUAGAAAGUAAAAAAAACAUCACGUGUAACUGAAAUCUAGGAAUUUCUCAGAAUAGCUUUAGACUCGUGUUGUGUCUGAAUGUCGGGUUCAGCCUCUGAUCAAAGACUACAUGUAGGUGUUUUCUGUGUGUUUGACAAUAAUGAUAAUGAUUACGGUGGUUAUCAUAUAUUUUCAUGAUAUAGUCAGUCCCUCGUCUGUGAAGUCACUGUUGUACAACGAAUGCACAUGGCCUGAAGUGAUUACCUGCGUCGUCAUGGCUACGAGUUUAUUACACCAACAAGACCAUUACACUGUAUUUAUAUUUGUAUGUAUGUAUAACAUUUCAGUACACAAUAUACUGUAAUGUAUGCAAUAUA